GUGCGUCUCGUCAAAGGCGGAACCUGCUAGCAAGGGAGGAAGAGAAGAAAGCAAGCAAAAACUGAAGGAUCGCAUUAAAUUCGCCCGCCUUGUAUUACUGCUUUUUAGCUGGGAGGAAAAAAAGGGGGGGUGGGGGGGAACAAGCAGCGAAAAGAAGAAGUUGGGGGAAAAAAGAAGAGAAAUCACGAUGAUGCCAAUGCAUUUCUUUUUCUCAGAUAAAGUGAUUCUCCUGUUUGACUUCUGGGAUGUCCACAGUGCGGGAGGGAUGGUGCUUUCCGUGUUUGUGAUCAUGCUACUCACCAUCUUAUAUGAAGGCAUCAAAGUUGGCAAAGCAAAACUGAUCCAGCAGUCACAGACAGCCAUGGCCCCCAGCAUCAGUCAGGAAAACUUGAGAGAAGGGGUCUCCGUGAACUCCGAUGUGGGGUCAGCCACCACAUCUCUGAAGAAGCGUCUUUCAUGGCACCUAGCAGAGACCUUACUCCACAUGGCCCAGGUGUUUUUGGGUUACCUGGUGAUGCUGGCCGUCAUGACUUACAACACGUGGAUCUUCCUGGGAGUGAUUGCGGGUUCAGCCAUUGGAUACUUCAUGGCGUAUCCACUACUAUGCCUCAGAUAGCAGCACGGAAGCUUCUCGUAGAGACAGCUCAAAAGUGAAAAUCACGCCGAUUUUGCAACUGGAAUGGAUUCUAUUGGACAAGUCCUCUCCAGCAGAGAUCUGAGGUUCUCUUCGGAUUUCAUUUUAUCUCUCGUCUUGGCUGGCACUUCUAAUCCUCUAAAAUAGCCAUUGUGCUUCCAAUUCCAAGUAAUUUUUUUCCCUAAGUGCCUUAACACUGACUUUUCUCGUGUCCGGAAAGUUAAUUUCAAGUAGUGUCCAUCUACUUCCAUCUAGGGGUAGAACACACAAUAUGAUUGUCGUUGAGGUUGCCUCAACGUGUUUGAGAUGGGGCAGCUCUGACUGAACUGUCUUUGGUCACCCUUAAAUCUCAUCAGCUUGAUUUUGAUUUGUUUGGAAAAAUAAAGCCACCAGCAGAAAUGUAGAAAGCGGGGAGGAAAGGGGGCAGAUGUUGUCCCAUAGCCUUAAAGGGAGUGAUGGGGAUAAAUGUCCUAUUAUCUAAAGUACAAUAAGCUUUGCAAACUUUGAAAGCAGAGUUGGAAAAAAUUCCUUUGCCAACACCAUGAUUUGAAGCACUUUAAUAGAUCUGGUCUGUUUCUAUUCUCAAUGCUCAUUCUGCGUUUUGACUCCUGUUCUCCCAGAAGUUUUCAUGAAGCCAACAUCCUGCCAGUUGAGAUUAUUCAUUAUUUGCCAAAAGACCUUUUUUUCCACAGGCUGGGUGACUAACCUAAGGAAUUCAGGGCCCAGAAAGAACAAUCGCAAUCACUGUACAGAUGUUUUUUUAAAUACAGGAAAGUCCUCAACAUACGACAAUGGAGCUCAAAAUUUUCAUGGCUAAGUGAGACAUUCGUUAAGUAAGUUUUGUCCCAUUUUGCAACUUCUCUUGCCACCAUGGAUGAGUGAAUCCCUGCAGUUGGUUAGCUGGUUGUUCGGUGAGUCUGGCUUGCUCGCUGACUUGGCUAGUCAGACGGCUGCAAAAUGGUAUCACAGGACCUUGGUACAUGCUGAUGGUCAUAAAUACGAAUCAGUUGCCAAGCGUCUGAAUUUUGAUCACAUGAUUAUGAGGCUGCAAAUGGUUGUAAGUGUGAAAAACGGCAGUAAGUCCCUUUUGUCAGUGCCGUUGUGACAGCCACUAAACGAACUGUUGUAAGUCCAGGACUACCUGUAAUUAUUUAGAGGAGGGAAGAGAACGAGACAAAUUCUUGACAUGUUCAGGCAUGAAGUUGCAGUUUUCUAACCUACAUUCCCCCACUUGCAUGUCCAGAAAGGGAGUUAAGGCAUCACACAUCUGGACAGUAUCAAUCAGAUUAACACAAUAAAUCUCCCUGCUGGGGUAAAAUUACUAGACUAUCUAAUUCAAAUUAGAAUAUGAUGGAGCUGAAGCCUUUCCAAGCAUUUACCCCUUGUUUUCUCCAAUCCCCAUCUUGAGUAUCAGUAUGAACAGGGUCUGGAUGGAAAUGGCAGGCUUUGACGGUUUUGAACAGCCAUUUGUCCAGAAUGGUAGAGGUUUUCCUGUUUGAGUAGGGGGCUGGACUAGAAGACCUCCAAAGUCCCUGCCAACUCUGUCAUUCUGUAUUCAGAGAUGAACAACUUAAUAGGUUGGUAAACAAAGGUCUGACAUUUUAAUUUACUUUUACUUGUAAUUCACUUGGAGAGUUUUAAACCAGUUACUUUCUCCCUGUAAAGAAUGCUGUGAAGGAAACAGGAGAUCACUGCCUUGACAAAUUAUCUGUGUUUAAUUUGUUGGCACCCAUUGAAAGUGUUGAACAUUUGUUUCUUGGGAAUGAAACAUUCCAAGGAAUUCCAGACUACUUCAUUUUGCUUCUAGACCGUGAUUAUCUUGGAGAGGAUGAAAAUUGCAUCCCAAUUUUCCCCCCCGAUCAUCCCGAUAUUGUA